AUGCAUAUGAGAGGAAAGCUGAGUGACUGUCGCUCCACGUCUCAUGACACCUUGCGGAGCGGCAUGCCCUCACCGCGGGUCGCGCAUUUCGACGGUGAGGUGCCUCCCGCACUAUCACCCCUCGACGCUUUCGCCGCCCAGGGUCGCUUUCUCGCCCGCCAACUCGACGAGUCUAGAAGGGCAGACCGUCGCAUGAGCCGACUGCCUCCUUCCAGCGUCGCCCGCUCCCUCUCACAAGGCCGCCCAGGCUUCUCCCGAUCCAAGUCCUCCACCGAUGCCGUAACCCGCACCGAACUCACUCGCCAGCCCACGCAGAAAGCCCUCCCCGAGUUCGAGGAGCCCAAAUACCGCCCGAUUUCCGAACACCCUCGAUUUAGCUCGGUAUCCAAUGCUACGACCGAGGCUAGCUUCUACGAUGAUGACGACAACGACACCACACCCCGGACGACCAUGGUUGGAACACCUGGAGAGGCAUAUGGCAUGCCUCGCGCCGAAUCUCCAGAGGAUGCGGUAUCGCUACCAAGCGGAGCGCAACCUCCGCCUGGCGUGACCCUGGUCGAACCUCGCGGCUCAUCCACCGAUUCACAGAAUUCGCGACUGAACAUCCCGCGCACCUUGGCGCCCCCGGUUUCGCCUGGCGCAUCCAGCGCCGCUAGAACUACGCACCCCGAGAGCUCCGAUGAUGACUACAGCAGUUCGACUGGCGGCUCAACGUUCUCGAAACCGAGGAAGCUGUCCUCCGGGAGCGCGGCGUCGUUACCUUACUCUCCCAAAUCGAAUUUCCCCCCACGCUCAUACCCCCGAUCGCCCUCUCUGAGCUCGGAAACGUCAGCAACGGGCGCGCACCACCUCCCUCGUCCUUCUUUCAAUUUCUCCCGCCCGCUGAGUCGCUCGAGCACCAGCUUGUCUGCCCCUGGAACCUCGACACCAACCGAGUCUAAUACACCUACGCCGAACCAGAUGCACCGGCGCAGCAAGCCGACCCCUCUGCUACUGCCACUUGGGACCGAGCAAGCUGCUGCCACCGCGCCCAACGGAGACGAGCCAUCUUCAGCCGUGUCGUCAUAUACCUACGCCAGCUAUGCCCUUCCCCGCGGCCGCUUCCCAUCUCGAGAUUCAAUGGUCUUUGCAGGCUUGCAAACGCCCAAUUUCGAGUGGGCGGAACCGCUAUUCGAAAAGACUCCUCCGCGUAAAUCAGAGGAAGCAUCUCGCACGGCACGCACACCAUCUCCCACGCCGCGCCGCAUGGAAUCUUCGCCAAAGCCUCACUCAAUGCACGAAGUCCCAGCCUCAAAUCCUCAAACACCUCCUCUACCCCCAGUCCAGCCCGAAACUCCCAAAUCCACCAGAUCUGUCAGAUCCACCAAAUCACUGCAGCCUCCCCCUAUUCCCUCAUCAGUGGAGCUGCUCCCCCGACGCUCGGCCGAAAGCGCCCGACAAAGCAACGAAAAAGACUCAACCGUCUCAUCUGCAGAUUCCGUCAGCACUGCGCGGCCGCAAACCGCCGUAGCCCCAGUGACAGCAUCGGGGCUUACGGCCGACGACCACGUCGCAAAGGGAAUCGAAUGCCACGAGCGCGGUUCCCUGAGUCAGUCUACUUACCACCUGCGCGUUGCCGCGAAACAAGACCACCCAACGGGCAUGUUGCUCUAUGCGCUGGCUUGUCGACAUGGCUGGGGCAUGCGGUCAAAUGAAAAAGAGGGCGUGCGAUGGUUACGCAAGGCUGUGGACUCCGUUGGAUUGGAAAUGCUCGCUAAUCCCGAUGCCCCUGGUGCUUCCAAAGCAAAGGAGUUGCAGAAGGCUUACAGGGCGCAAUUUGCCCUCAGCAUCUACGAGUUGGGAGUGAGUUAUCUCAAUGGCUGGGGUAUCGAGCAGGAUAAAUCGCUUGCGCUGCGCUGUUUCGAAAUCGCCGGUCAGUGGGGCGAUGUCGAUGCCAUGGCUGAGGCUGGAUUCUGCUAUGCUGAGGGUGUUGGCUGUAAGAAGGAUAUGAAGAAGGCUGCGAGAUUCUACCGCCAGGCCGAGUCCAAGGGUAUGAGUAUGGUUGGCAAUUCUUGGAUCUAUAAAGAUAAAUACAUGGCUGAGGCUGAGGCCAAGGACAAGGAGUCGCGCUCGCGGGGGAGAAAUACUGGCCGGAAUGCCAGUGGCGAGAAGGAGAAGAAGCCUCGGAGCAAAUCUCGCACUCGCAGUAUCUUCCAGCGCAAGAAGUCCAUGGUUCCGGAGGCAUAG